ACUCUUUGUUGCCUUUCGUAUUUAUUUUCCCUUCAGCUUGCAGCUGUUUUGCUGCUGCUGCUGUUGCAGUUGCAGUUGCAGUUGCUGCUGUUCUGUGGCACCGUUUUUUAUUGUUUGGUUGCGUUCAUCCUGCAGCGCAAAACACACACACAUACGCGGGCGGAGUGUGCCGUGCGUCCUUUACCUUUCCCUUUUGCGCAAGCUGGCGCAACCAAACCACAACAAAGGGAUCGCCAUUCUUUCCCCGUAGCGCACCCACGUUCUACUCCACACACACACACACACUCCGCAUCCGCCCACCCACCCACCCACGACCAUUUCGCUCUGUCCACCUCUUCCCCGGAGCGUGUCGCCAGCACCAUGUCGAACAGCACACCGUCGCCACCUCCAACGCCACCACCUGCACCACCACCAGUGUCGGGCGGGGGUGUGGCACCACCGCCACCGCCGGCCAAAACGCCCCUCUCCGAGCUGAACCUAGACGUGCUCAAUAACAGCAGCAACCGCAUCAGCAAACCAGCAAACCAUCCCGCCAUACUCUCGUCCGGCGAGUGUGCCUGGGCCACCCAGUACCCGGAGAUACAGAAGGCCUGCUUCCUGAACCGCGUCUGCCAGUAUGCGCCGCCGCGCGAGCUGCGCGUCCAGAACGUGGAGCCGAUACUGCAGAACGGGCCGACCUGCGGCCUGACCGCGCUCAGCAUGAUCUUCGACGGGGCACCGUCGGCGACGGCACUGCUCGAGCAGGCCGUGACCCGCGGCUACUCCAACAACGGGGAGAUGUUUAGCGCCCGCCAGCUGAACGAGCUGUUCGAGCAGGUGCUGGAGGAGAACCGGCACCUGGUGGAGUACAAGCCCGUCACCCACACGCUCGUCGGUGGCUGGAUGGACGACCCGAACAUCCAGAUCAAGCUGCGCCUCGGGGCCAUGUUUCUUGUGCCUUACGAUCCGGACCGGAAUCAUACGCCCUGCCUCAACAAAGGACACCGGGCCCACUGGGCACUGAUUGUCGGCUAUCUAAUCGAUCAGUUUGACGAUUUUUACGUGUUUGCACGCCACGGGAAAACGAAAAACCUCGCCCUCUGGUCACUGCGCGACCUGUCCCGCAGCAAUGGUAAUCUAGUCGAGUUCUGCCAACCGGUAGGACAUCCCAACGAAACCUUCAUCCUGCCCGAGGGUGGCAUGGGCGGGUGUAACGGUUUGCGCUGCAAAUUCAUCAUGAUCGAGCACUACAAGGCCAAGACGGAGAUCGCACUAUGAGACACACCGCGUGGCAGCAGCACGUGCAUGCAGGUUCUUCCAGCCGGCCAACAACGCCGUCCACCGAUUGUACAGCACCACCAUCCCCGUUUUUGCCCUCCGUUUCACAUCUUCUUCCCCAACUGUUUGCUUAGAUUGUUAUUUAUGACCACCGGUGUGUGUACACACAUACACACACACACAGACACACACCGGUGGCACACACACAGAGGACAGAUGCAACUAUUUAUGGAACUAUUUAUCUUUUAUUUAAUAUUCAUAGCUUUAUUUUCGGGUUUCCGUUUUGGCUAUAUAUAUAUAUAUAUAAUUUAUUUUAAAACAUGCAUAAAACAGUAUUGAGAUAUUUUUGUCCCAUCUCUCUCUCUCUCCUGCUCACACACUGCGCUUUUGUUUAGCGGAUGCGUCUUUUCCUUUGCGUUUUGCGGCAUCGGAGCCAUGUUAGAAGAUGCUACCUGUUUCUCCCUUGCUUCCUUGUAGAGCCGAAGCUUCUGUUGCUCAUGCAGCGUAGAAGAUAGCAAACCAUACUACCAAUGGCGAUGAAGCUUUCUUCUUUGAUGGGCUUUUUCUUUUCCUUUGUUUUCAUACACAGCAAUACUUUCCGCCCGCCUAGUGUUUCGCGCAUUUAUUGCGCUUAUUGUUUGUUCUCUCUCUCUCUCUCUCUCUCUCUCUCUCUCUCUCUCUCUCUCUUUUUCCUCGUCUUCCUUUUCCUUUCACCAAUGGGAUAUGAUGGAUUAUGUUUUACAGCGUUUUUUCUUUGAUUUCUUCGUUUAAAUGGGGGUAAUGUGUGAUUAAUAAUGUACGUUUUGCUUCCGUUUGUUUGUUUUAUUACGUUUGAAAUAUGUAUUAUGCUUGCCAUUUCGGGUAUGGGAGUAGCAGAGCGAUUGGUUUUAAUGGUUUGGCAAUGAUGGGGGAUCGAAUCCCCGCCAAUACAGCACAGAGCACAAUGGGUAGGGGGGGGGGUUGAUGCAUACGUAGCGCGGGGAAGGAUGAAGGUAUAAUAAUAAUAAUAAUAAUAAUAACUAAUGACACUCGCAACAGAAACACUCACAUACACGCACAGACACUCAUUCCAAAGGAUACGAUCGGUGUUCCCGGUUUGGGGCUCCAUAUACCAAGGGGAGUGUGUAUGUGCGUGGAUGAGUAUGUAGGAUACAUUUACAGGGAAAAAGGAAAAAAAAGCGCACAUGUCCUUUUGACACAUACGCACGAGCAGAACGUGAACGUGAUUUUGGUUGUGUUUAAACAUGUAUUAUGCUACUGGAGGAAAUAAAACCGAAAAAACGGAGAAAAUAAA